AAAAUGGCUUCAAAUUAUCAUCGAAAGCCUUAUUUUCGUUCAAAUGCUGGACCUUCAUCUCAAAAAAAUGCAAUUACUCCAGGACUUUGUGGCCUUUUCUUUACUGCAGAAAAUGAACAGAGGGCUGUUCCUGAAGCUAAAAAUUUGAUUGACCGUUUUUUGGAGGAAGAAACUUUGAAUUUGACGACAGAAAAGCCUGUACCAUCAGAAGCAACAGAAAAGACUGAAGACAUUUCCGAUUCAUUAAAGACAGCCUGUCAUCAAUAUAAACGUGGGCAUAAAUCAGCUCUUCGACAAUUAGAAACAAAAGCACGCAACACACUUUUCUUCAUUUCUCCUCAAAUUACGCCAGAAAAUGUUUAUUUACUUGCUGAAAAGAUGGUUAAAUUGUGUUUGGAAGAUGAGGCUCAAACUCGUUUUUUGGCUAAGGUAAUUCCAAUAGAAGAGACUUGUUAUGCUAGUAUGCCACAAAUUUUGUCAUCUCUUAGUGGAAUGCUUUCAAAACAUUUGGAAAAAUUUUCAAAAGAAUUUGAUUUUCCACCUUGUUAUGCAAUUGAUUUUAAAGCUAGAAAUACUCAAGCAAUUGAAAGACAACCAGUUUAUGAUGAAGUUGUUGCUUUAAUGAAUGAACAAUCUAAAGGAAGUAAAGUUAAUUUGACUAUGCCUGAUUUGUUAAUUGUUGUUCAUGUAAGUUUGGAAAGGGUUGACUGA